UGCUUCUGAUAACAGGGAGAGAGGAAGUGCCCGUUGCAACAUCGCUGCCACGUCUGUAGGAUCCUCUGCAGCAGCAGCAGGAGCAACGACGACGGGUGUGAGGACCGGGAUGGGCCGGUGGGGGGAUGAGAGGGAGAUAGGUGGGAGUGACCGAGGAAACACAGAGGAGCAGACGGAGGGAGAGAGGAAACACGGAGAGCCACAACACAUCACUCCCUGGCUGAACGAAGACGCUCGUGCGCAGCUCCGAGAUUGAAGGAGCGCACCUGGAGGAGCCGGAGCGGCUUGUUUCUGGAGGAGAAGGGGGGUCACCCAUGCUAAACUCAGGGGGAAUGGAGGAAUUCGUGACCGAAGAGGAAGAGCCGUGGUACGACCAACAGGACCUGGAGCAGGACCUCCACUUAGCGGCGGAGCUGGGAAAGACUCUGCUGGAGAGGAACAAAGAGCUGGAGGAUUCCCUGCAGCAGAUGUACAUCACUAAUGAAGAGCAAGUGCAAGAGAUCGAGUACCUGUCCAAGCAGCUGGAGGUUCUUCGGGACAUGAACGAGCAGCACGCCAAAGUGUACGAGCAGCUGGACGGGACCGCCAGAGAGCUGGAGCACACCAACCACACACUGGUGAUGGACAGCCGGGGCUCACAACAAAAGAUAGAGACGUUAACAGGGACCAUCGAUAAUUUGCAGAACCAGGUGGAUUCUCUCUCGGGCCAGGUGGAGCAGCUACGCUCCAUGGAGCAGCUCCGAGUCAGGAGGGAGAAGAGGGAGCGACGCAAGACCAUCCACUCCUUCCCUUGCCUGAAGGAGCUUUGCACGGCACCUAGGUAUGAGGACGAGUUUGUGGUGGGCAGGGCCGAGAGCUUCACCGUGGAUGUGAAGCGUCCACCGUUCGAAGAGGAGAACCAGCAUCUGAGGGAGGCGGUGUCGGCCCUGAGAGCGGCCGCCCGGACCGAGAGGGGUCGUAGGGAGGGGGUGGAGAGGGAGUGCAACCUCCUCGUCGGAGAGUUCUCCCGCCUGCAGACACGGGUGCAGGAUGCUGAGAGCUGCCAGGCGCGGGUACGGGAGCUGGAGGUGGAGCUACAGGAGCUGCAGCAGCUGCGCCGCGCUCGGACUUACCUGCUGAGCAGCGAGGACGACGGUGUGGCCCUGACCCAGACGGUCCUCAACAGCACUCCGGAGACCGACACUUUCCUGGAGGUCGAGGUCGGAGAGACGGGAGGGGGCGUGAGGGAGGCGGCCGAAGGCGGCCGCGGCAUUGGAGGGGAGGCUCUCCCAGAGUCCAGCCCGGUGAGGAAGAGCUGCAGCGACACGGCGCUCAACGCCAUCGUGGCCCGUGACGCCUCCGGCCGCCGGAGGGGCAGCUACGCCCUCCACGCCAACAGUGUGAGGAAGAGGGGGAUGUCCAUCCUCCGGGAGGUGGACGAGCAGUACCACGCCUUGCUGGAGAAGUACGAGGAGUUGCUGGGGAAGUGUCGCCGCCACGAGGAGAACCUGUGUCACGCCGGCGUCCAGACCUCCAGGCCCGUCUCCCGAGACCCGUCCAUGAAAGACUGCGCCAUGGGCCCCACCCCGGCACCUCCGCCUACCCCCACCCAGUCGCCCUCCACCCCUGAGGCCAUCGAGAGCAUCAGCAAGCAGGUGGAGGCGGUGGACAAGAGGCUGGGACAGAGCACUCCAGAGUACAAAGCGCUUUUUAAAGAGAUCUUCUCUCGUAUCCAGAAGACCAAGAUGGACAUCAAAGCUACCAAAGCUGCUAAGGCCAGCAAAUCUGGCAAGUCUGGCAAGUCUAGUAAACAGUAAAUGGUCCACUGGUUGGCUCCGUAGAGGACGAUAACGCGUUAUCUCAGUGUUAAGUGCUGGAGGUUAUGAACAGGGGCUGGGUGUAAACAGUCUUACAGAGGGUGCUAGCUCGAGUACAGCUCAGUUCAGUUGGAGCACGCGUCGCCGUCCAACCGUACACCAGAAUCUGAUUUGCAUGUGAUCAAUUCGAAAAGCUUUGCAGAAUUCAGUCCUACUUAUAUGAAACUUGAAUGACAUUUAGUUCAGAACUAGAUUGAGUUCAUACUCUCUUACUCAGCGUUCCUAUUCAAUAUACUGGCUUCAGUGCCUGACUACUGUCGCCAUCUACCACAAUAAUAACACAGUAAUAGCAGUAUGCCUUUCAUGAGCCUCACAAGUGCACUAAAUGUCAAAGCUUCACAAAGUAACUCUCUGAUGAAAUCUAAGUAUUAUAUUAACAUGAAUCUGUAUCUUUUACGUUGCUUAUAAUGGACUCUACUAACAUUUGCAUAGUUACAGUUAGAAAGACAAAGAUGGAUCCUCUCAGGCCACAGUGCUGUCUGUCUCAAGGAUAUUUAACUAGAGGUGCCAAUAGUUCUCCUCUCGUGUCGCUUGUCACUAUACAAGUGGACAGUGCUUUAAAUUUAAAGAAGCCUUUAGUGUGGACGACAUUGCUGUCUAGCACCGGUCUCUGUGUGUGACCUCACCACCAGUUCGUCGUGUGCCUCGCCCGUUUAUCUAGAGAUUUUGGAGGACUAGCUUUCUUCCUGUCAGUUUGUUCCAAACAUUGAUGCCACUUUCCUGUCCGUACGGUGAAUUUAAAAACUACAGCCAGCAGCCGGUUAUCCUAGCUUAGCAUAAAGACUGGAAACGGGGGGAGACAGCUAGCCCGGCUCUGUUGACAAUGACAUGUUUUGGUUUUGCUUGGGUAUAGUAUGUUUUUACUUAAAUUAACUUAACAAGAUGUGGUGAUAAGGAAGCUUUAGAGUCAGAUCUUGUUAGCUUUGAACAUAGCCAGGCUAGCUGGUUACCCCUGUUUUCUGUUUUUAGCUCAGCAAGCUAACUGACUGUUACCAGAGGCUUCAUAUCGAGCUAACUCACUAAAGUGGUGUCGAUAUUAAGAAAGCAGAUAAAUAUAUUUCCCAAAACGUUUAACUAUGUUGAACUCGUGUUUAGGCUUGCCACGAUAAUCACUUUUCUCGGACAAUAUAUUACCGUCAUUAUAUUACACGUUCUAUUCCAGUGAUGUAAUAUAAUAGCAUAAUAAUGCAAGUAUACCCUUUCAAACAGCAAUGACCUCUUAAUUAUUUAGAAUUUUCAGUCAUUUAAAUUGGAAUGUGACAAAAAAAACAAUAUAUUCUAAAUAAAUAAAACAAAAAUCAAAUAAAACCACAAGACCAAAACGAUGAAAUAAAAUGGACUCUUGCUGUUAACAAUGUGCAACGUUUUGUGCGCAUUGUCCGAGUCUUAUACCGGUAGGGAACCCUGCAGUUUAUUCUGGCAUCAUGCUGGCUAACACGUUAGUGACAUUCUUAUGUCAACAAACACGCAUGUACAUACGUCAACGAUCAACAUCGAGGUCACCAAAAAUAUUCUUUUCUAAGGUCUUGUCCAUAUAUUGUACAAUAACUCAAUUGUGUAAAAAUUCUCGACGGCAUGUCUGUAUAUCGUACGAUACGAUGGCUCCAACAAAUAUUGAGGUCAUGUCCAUAUGUCGUACGAUAAGUCAAUAAUGUAAUCAUCGUGACGGGCCUACUAGUGAGGACUACUUUUACCACUUGUGCUUGCAUUCAAAGUGCUCACAUUUCUAAAAUACAUACCUUCCCCAUCUGCGUGUUAAAGUCACUGAGUGCUGAAGAUUGUCUUCAACUGAGCCCAACAGUAUCAUAGUUCUGUGAGAUACAAGAAGCAUUGUUUAUUAAUAAUAGUGAGUGAUAUCCACAGUAUAGAAUAUAGUUUAGAACCAAUUGUACCGGUUGUUGUUUUGAAUGUGUAAGACACUAAAUGCUAAAACGCUGCUGUCUUGCAAAGGACAAUCUCUGUAGAUUGUUAUUUUCACUAUUUCCUGGGCAUUACGGACACUCGUCAUACAGAAUAUACAAAUCUUUAAGGUCGUGCAUCAUAUGCAGUGUAAGCAUUUUUAUUAUUUGGGAGGAGGGAACAGUUUGUUGUCAUUGGGAUGGGAAAAGAUGUGGACCCUUUUUCAGAGAAAAUGGUCCAGUGGCGGAAUUAUAAUUCUUGGGAGCUUUUUUAGAUAUUUCUAUUAGAAUAUGUUCCCUUUAGUUAUAGCUAGACAGACCGACUGUACAGCAGAACUGCAACCAGUAAAAGGCUUCAAACCAGGACUCUGUCCAACACCAAACUAUUAAACUAACCUGCAAACAUAUUGCACCUUUUCUCACAAUAUACGGUACAUAUGCCUUUUUCUCUGGGUAACCUGCCAUGUGUAAACCUGUUGUAUUGAAUGUGAUUACAGCUCGCUCAUUUCAUAUCUGACUCUUCAGCAAAGUUGAAGACAUAGCCGAGCUCGAAACCUUUUCACACGUGUCACAGCCGACACCCGAGGGACCUAUGCUCCUGUUUGUGGCUAAUGUGUUUAAAAAGAGCGAAGGAUGUAUGAAAGCCUGCAACCUGGUACUCGAAUUACAAUCCUGCUCCCCCCCCCCCCCCCCCAAACAAAGUGUUAUUGAUUAUUGGACUAUUAGUAUGGAGUGCAUUUGAGGUCAACGCUCAUGUCUUUUAGAGUGAUUCACGCGUACAGAGGGAGUAGUGUGUGUUAGCGGAGACGAAACAAGGCCAAACCAGAGCCUCUGAAAGGCUCCUGAGGUGUCUUUACUGUAACGUCCUACCGAUUGCACUUGAACAUGUUUGACGCCUCAUCUUUUGUAUGUUUAGGAUAGCUAAUAUAAAAUUGUACCUGUGUAUUUAUUUGCGUUUGAAUGUUUACAAAUAUUUUUUCGUUUUUUUUUUACUUUUUCAGUGCCUAUACGUGAAUGUCACUAACAAAUUGUCAGAAUAAACCUGUUUUAUUGGCAUUACUUCUAUUAUCCAGUUCAUAUUGUGUGCAUUAUUAUUUAAGAUACUGGCAUUAAAAUUUAGCCUCCUCUGGUCAUUACUGAACUAAGACCUACUUUACCCUGUUAAUAAAGCAUUAAGUGAA